GUUUAAAAACAAACAAAACGCCAACCAAAAUUCAAACCAAAAAUCACAAAAAUAAAUUAUUAUAAAGCAUUAUAUUGUUCUACGUAAUGGAAUUAUUCAUCUACUUUCUGUUGUAAGUCGUCUUCGCACACUUAAAUUUUUAACUCAUUCAGAUAUGGCUUCUCAAAGCUCUUAUCUCAAAAACUCCUAUGAAGAAUAUUCGCCAAGUAAGGUUCCAUCAAUUCUCAAUGAGGGUCGCAAUGGGGUAACUUUCCAGCUCAUUUCAAGAAACCCUGCAAGCCUUUACCAAGAACAAGUUAGUUUUCAUGAAUACAGAAAUGGAAAAUGAUAUUUUUUAUGACACAACUGUGUACACUGGCUCUGCCGGGUUUGGUUUGUUCUACUUCAUGUGUGCAAUCACAGAUGAAAAUGAUGAGCUUUUGAAGCAAUCAUUGAGCUAUAUAAAUAUAAAAAAACAGCUGAAAGGUAAAAGAAUCUCAUUUUUGUGUGGUGAUGCGGGACCCCUGGCUCUCGCUACAGUUAUAUCAUACAAAUUGGGCAAUAGAGUCACCAAAAAACCAUAUAGAUUACCAGAAUACACAGUUAUAGCUGAAAGGUUAUUAGCACUGAUUUCCUUGCUUAGUGAAAGCCCUGAUGAGGUUCUGUAUGGCAAAGCAGGAUACCUAUAUGCAUUGCUAUUUGUUAAGAAAUACAUACCAGAUGAUACAGUGAUACCACCUGACCACAUAAAAAAGGUAGUAAGAGCUAUAAUCAAGUCUGGCCGACAUUACUCGACCCAAGUGGGGUCUGAAAGUCCACUUCUCUGGCAGUGGCAUGACAAAGUGUACCUCGGCGCUGCCCACGGAGUUGCCGGAAUUUUGUACAUGUUGCUGCAGGCGCAUGACUACGUAGACCCGUUAGACAUGAGUGACUACGUGGAGCCGACGCUGCAGUGGUUGCUGCGGCAGCGGCUGGGCUCCGGCAACUACCCGUCGUCGCUGGGCUCGCCCCGCGACCGCCUCGUGCAGUGGUGCCACGGCGCCCCGGGGUUCGUGCCGCUGUGUGUACUGGCGCAUCAGUAUUUCAAAAAUGAUAAAUACCUGAAAAUCGCCAAGGAAUGCGGUGAAGUGGUGUGGCGGCGCGGGCUGUGCGCGAAGGGGUUCAGUCUGUGCCACGGGGUCGCCGGGAACGCCUACACCUUCAUACAGCUGUAUCAAGCCACCAAGGACCCCGUCCACCUAUACCGCGCGGGUUGCUUCAUGGAGUGGUGCGUGUCCGCCCGACCGGGGUCGCAGGCGCGGGCUCCGGACCGCCGCGCCUCGCUGUUCGAGGGGCUGCCCGGCCGCCUGUACCUCGCCGAGGAACUCAACCACGUGGACACGGCCAAGUUCCCCGCCUUCGAACUGUGAUUAGAGCUGAGAGCUGCGUUGAGCUGAUAUCCGAAGAGCGAGCGGGCAUGUUGUUUUCCACGGAUAUCCUAAAAGCCUGGCACAAACGAGACUACUAACUAAAUACUGUGAUAAGAUGCGGAGUGUGUGCUUGAAGGAAAGAUCACAGAUUAUUUUUAACUACCUACUUAUUGAAAGUCUCGACUCUUUCUCUGGUUGUUAUAGUAAUCAAUGCAAUAGCUGGCAUAUUAGUGAUUUCUGUUAAUUUAUGAUACAUUUUGUAACCGACUGGAAAAUAAAACAUAAUGAAAAUUUGAAA